AUGCCACAUGCCUUUGGUGGAAGUACAUCUGUGAUUAUUCUAUACAUGGAGGAGAGUGGGGUUAGGAAAAAAGACAGAGAGGUAAUGACAGACACACAGUGGAGACCCCGCACCGUCUCACGGCAAACCAAGGGCUGUGGGGCUUCGGCUUCACGUGGCUGCCAAGCCCCAGUUGCAUAUGUGCUCAUACACAUGGCUGUGGGGUGCAGGGGUGGAGACAGCGAAGACACAGAAGAGGGGACAGGCUGGGUGAGAAAGACAGUAGGAGGGCUGCGUCCCCAGAAGCACAGAGCCAACUACCUCUGGGACAGACGGGGCAGAACCCAGAAGUGA